GCUUCUCUCCAUCUCUUUCAAUUUCUAUACAUUUCUAUUUGUCAGCUAUCUUUUAAAACAACCUUAAAUCGUUACCACUUGCAUAUUCAUACAUCAUGUCUGACUGGGAUAAGCCUACGGUCAUCGGUUUCCGACAGCAGAAGCCUACUGUUGCCAAGGGAUCUACUUUGAACGCUGCUCAACGAGCCGGUCUUGUCAUUUCCUCGGAGUCUAAGGGUGCUGGCCAGUCAAAGGGUCCUGCCGAUCAUCAACGUAUUGCCAAGCUUGACCGAGAUGACGCCCCUAAGCCCCCAGAGAAGGUCAGCGCUGACGUCGGUAAGGCCGUUGCUACUGCGCGAAUGGCGAUCAAAAACGCAGAGGGCAAGAGUAUGACCCAGAAGGAGCUUGCCACUUCGGUCAACGCUAAGCCUCAAGAUAUUGCUGAUCUUGAGUCUGGGCGAGCUGUGCCUGACCAAGCUCUUUUGGGCAAGCUAGAGAGAAAGCUCAAUGUCAAGCUGCGUGGAGCCAAGAAUCUCAUUGGUACACCUCUCCAUCCCAAAAAGAAGUAAUUAGCGAUCACAGAAAAGUAGCGAAAUGUUGGCGGGGGGUUGACGGAUCUACUGAAGUCUCAGCAUGACGCUGGAGACUGUGUAUCAGUUUACACGACAUGUCAUGCAUUAUGUUUGUGCAUUGCAAUAAUCUGGUGACAAUGCUGCUUGUUUGUACAUGA